GCCCAACAAGCCCACACCGACCCUGUAAGACAGAGACCUUUAAUUCUCUAUGGUUCACCAUCGAUUGCAGUGAACCAUUAUCUUGUUUAUGUACAUAUUGGUGAUCGUUGGGCAGCUGAAACCUAUGCUAAUGUAUUUGUAAUACUACAUGGUGAAAGAGGAGACACUGGAAUUAGAAAGCUUGAAAAGUCAUUAGUACAUGGAGAAAUGUUCCAACAAAGCAAGAUCGAUUCAUUCUUGGUGAAAGCAGUAUCUUUAGGCCAACUGACAAAGGUGGUCAUAGGUCAUGAUGGAGAAGGCUACGGUGCUGGAAUGUAUCUGAAGAUGGUAAUAGUGCGUGAAUCAAAGGAUGCAAACAGAGAAUGGGUGUUUCCUUGCUGGAGUUGGCUCGAUGACCACAUUGGAACUAAACAAACUAUUUGUGAAUUAACAUUGUUAGGUGAGAUUCAUAUCCAAAGUGAUGAAGAGAGGAGUGGUUUUAAGACUAUUUCUUCAAAUUUAAAUGAGAGUAGUUACAAGGGCUUGAAAGCAGAAAAUAUCCAAAGUGAAAGACUUACUGUCAGACCCAAGGGUGUAUUGGAGCAGUCAUCAGAUAUAUGGUUAAUGGAUAUCUCAAGUUCAGAUGUGAAAAAUAAUCCUGGUCUGCAGAUAAUAAUAAAUGUUUAUGGGAAAGGCGGUCAGAGGAUGUUCACAGUUGGAAUUGCAGAUGAGCUGACACAAGUAAAGGCUGAAUUGGGAGGUGUGGGAUUAGUUUACAAGCUUCGUGUUACUCCCAAAGCCAAUGGCCGGAAGCAGCUGUGGAAAUUAGAUUCCAUCAAUCUGAAGCGUACUGCCACGAAAGAGGAGCUAUGGUUUACAUUUAAUUGGUGGGUUAAACCUAAUGUCAUUCAAGGCAAGGAACUGCCCGCACUUAAUCCUUUGGAAGAUCCACUUCCUGUUGUGGAAUACAGUGUUCAUAUACACACUGGAGAUGAAGCAAAUGCAGGUGCUGUUGGAACAGUUUUCAUUAUUGUCCAUGGAGACAAGGGAGACUCUGGAAAACAGUGGCUGACAAAAUCUAAUUCAGAACUUGUCACUUUUGAUAAAGGAAAGGUGGACAUAUUCAGAUUUAGUGCAGUGUACCUUGGAAAACUCCAUGAUAUUGUUAUUGGAUACAAUAGCCAGAGAAAAGAUCACUGGUUCCUGGAGAAAGCUGUGAUAACAGAAGGGGAAAUGCCUGUUUCUAGAUUUAUUUUUUUCCACAAUGACUGGAUAGGCAAACAUCAAAAAGUUGAUGAAUUCUCUGAAGUAAUCAUCCAUAUUAAAGAAUCUGCUGACAUUUUCACUAAUCCCUUGAAGCAUGUUACAAUUGACCGCAAAGAACGUUGGAACAUAUGGAUACUUAGGAUGGCUGACAGUGGUGGAAUAAUACAAAAGCCAGAAAUUUUCAUGGUAGUAUUUGGAACAAAGGGUAAAACUGCUUUGCUAGAAAUUCCAAAUAUGAAAAAUAUUCCAUUUGAAGUAAGCCUUGAAGGGAUUGGUGAAAUCAAAAAAGUCUCCUUUGUGUUACUAAACCCUUACCUACAUAAGGGGAUAAGACUAUUUAAGCUGCGUAUGAAGAACCUGAAAACAAAACAAGAACUGGGAUUUAACACAUCACGUCGUUGGUUGUUUAGAGAACGUGGAACUGAAACUGUGACAGAACUAGCGGCUGUUCGACCCGACCGACAACCACUGAGAGAUACCUUGUAUUCGGUUCAAGUGUUCACUGGGGACUUUCCUGCAGCAAGCACUGAUGCAGAUGUUUUCGUUAUGAUCGUUGGUGAGCAUGGAGAUACUUGCAAAAGAAGACUUGGGCAUCCUAAUGCUAAACCUUUUGAAAAACAUCAGGUUAGCAAUUUUCACAUACAAGCUGUAGACCUGGGUAUUCCAACAGAGGUUCAUGUUGGCCACAAUGCUACUGGAUAUGGGGCUGGCUGGUAUCUCGGUGCAAUCACAGUGAUGGAACCAACUGAGAAUAAAGGAACCAAUGAAUAUGUAUUUCCAUGUGAACAAUGGCUAGACAGUGAAGUUGCUGAUAGACAAACUAAACGGAUAUUAAAGCUCCUUGGAAAGGUCAGCAACGAAAGCAAAAUGCUGACAGAAAGUCUUCAGGGAAGCUGGGAUGUCUUUGUCGUCACCAGUGACAUGCCAAACAGUGGCACAGAUGUAGAAGUAAUACUGACAAUUUGCUGCAAAAAUGGUUCUGCUGCCCCCAUAAUUCUUAAGAAAGGGUCUUUGAACAGAGGUUAUACAUACCAGACCUCCAUUAGCAUUGAUGACCAGCUAGGAGCAAUCACUAAAGUAAGGCUGGAAAGAGAGGAAUCCAAGAAUGAAGAUUUUUGGCAUUGUCAGAAGGUAGAACUCCAUCACCAAAGCACCAAAGAAACGUUAGAGUUUUUGUUCCUGCGCAAUUUAUCACAAGUUGAAGGAUUUGCAGUGGCAGAACUUCCUUUAAUCAUGAGCAGUACCAAUUUUCUGACAGUGAAGGAAUAUGUGUUAUCCAUCAUCACUGGAUCAUCAAGUAAUUUAGGAGCAGAUUCUGAUGUAUAUAUCACUUUAAAAGGAACUCUUGGAGAUACAGGAAAAAGAAAAAUCAACACACAAGCAACAAAUAAGGAAACAAUGGUUAACGUACUGAUAAUUGAGUCAGUUGAUGUUGGUGAACUUCAGGCACUAAACAUCCAAAUGAAAAGAGGUUUUGAUUUGUACCUGGAGAAAAUUAUUGUUCAGGAAGGAAAAUAUGCAAUGAUAGAACAUAUAUUUAUGGUGGGUGAAUGGUUAUAUAACCCAAAAGAUGCAAACAAUGUGUCAACAUUAACUAUACCAAUUACAGAAUUGAAGUUGAGCAGCAAAUACCAAGAUCUUCCAUCCUGGGAAGAAAUUAAAUCAGGUGGCAAAUGGAAAGUCUAUCUCUCAAAUCUGAAAGGCAAUACAGUGAAUAGAAUUGAUUUAGAAAUGAUAAUAUAUGGGCAAUUGAAAAAAUCGAACCCAAUUCCUUUAUCGACUGAACUCACUCGUUAUAUGGAUGUUGUGACAUUUGAGCAUCAGCAAAAUGAGGAGCUGGUCAUUGACUUCAAGAAGCAGAGAGGAGCGGAUGCCCCUGUCUGCUUCAGUGGUGCUGAAGUGGAGGUGGCUGAGUGCGUCAAGCUCCUGGGAGUAAUGAUCGCCAAUAUGUAUGUCAAUGCAAUGGUUAAUAUCCCAGAAGAUAUAGGCAACCCCUGGAAAAUUCGUCUAGGACUUGGAAAACCAGGAAAAAAAACAGCUGCAGCAACUUCUUCAAUAUCACUCCGCUAUUUUAAAAUGCAAAACAUAACUAAUCUAGCCACAUUUAGCUAUUCUAUAAAUGAAAGCCUUCCUGUAGAAUCUAAUAAUGAUAAGUGCCUUGAGUUCCCAGUAGAAUGGCCAUAUAAACCUACCAUGACUGUUCUCACAUAUCAGAUAACGAUGUACUGCAGUGACUUUUUAGACAUAGAACAUCCUGCUUCUAUUUCUUUGUGUUUAUAUGGGGUCAAUGGUGAUUCAGGAGACAGAAGCCUUAGCAAACCUUCACGCAAAGAAACAGGAGCUAGUCAGUCAUAUUUAUUUGAAAUUAGUGCUGUGGAGCUGGGUGAACUAAACACACUUGAAUUGUAUAUCAGCAGUACAAAGAAUCUCAAGAUGUAUGUUAAAGAGAUAUAUGUAACUGAAGUUACUUCUCCAAGGCUGACUUAUGUUUUUACACUAGAUGAGUAUAUUACUGUUCAUUCCAAAAGACUUCCCAUUAUAAAGAAAGUUCCAUUAUCUGGUAUGCUUAGCAAUGAUCACAGGAAACCAUAUUCUGUUCUCUCAGUGAAGGACACAGAUAUAACUGGAGCUCCAAAUGAAGUAGAUGAAUACUUAGUCCAAGUAUACACUGGAGAUAAUUUUGGAGACAGUACAAAUGCUAAUGUUUAUCUUGUUUUAUUUGGUGACAAGGCACGUUCAGACAAGAUUCUUUUAACACAAACACUUGAUCAUAAAGAUCCAUUUAGAAAAGGACAAAUUGACACAUUCAAAUUCAAAACAGAUCUUUUGGGGAGCCUUUACAAAAUUGAAAUUGGUCAUGAUGGAGGGAAACCUGGAAGUGGAUGGUUCCUUGAAAAGAUUGGAAUAACUAACUUAAUUACCAAUGAAAACCUUGUCUUUCCAUGUAACAGAGUAAGAUUCCCUACUUCCCAUAGCGACUGUUAUAAGGAAUUGACUAUGUCUACACACUGGAUGGGAAUUCUUGUGUGA